AUGGCCAUCAAUUUACACCAGGUGCAGGCGGCCGAGUUCCUACUCAGUCGAGGUGCUGAUGUCCAUGCCAGUAAUGCCAAGGGGGACACGGCCUUCUAUGAAGUGGCAGGUGGAAUUCUCCAGCCCAGGGAGACUUAUGACAAGAAGAUUGAGGGGGGGAUCAGAGCGCAGGAUGAGAUGGUGACUAUCCUGCAGGAGGUCUCUGGUGAUGAUAGGAUGAUGGAUCAACCGGAUGCAGCGGGUAGGACGCCGCGACAGCUGCGGUCGGAGACAAGAAGUAGGUGGCGGCAAAUAGGAGCGGAUGCUGUGACGGGACGCGGUCGUGGUCGUGCGUAA